AUGCGGCUAGGCCUGGCGCUUUUGCCGGCGCUGCUGGCCGUCUCCCAGUGCUGCACUCUUUGUCCAUUCCGAACGCCGCCGCGACCUCGUCCAAUCGACCAGUAUAAGCUGCCGUCGAUCAGCGCCGCUUCUACUUUCGAGAAAAUGCCGCAGUUCUGUAAGUUGUCCGAUCUGUUUUUUUUUGUUUUUGAAUCGUCAUUUCUGAAAUUAAGCCUCCGUGCGACUCUCAUUCAUUAUUCGAUGAUAAAUUUGAAGUCAGUUUUCUCAACAUUAGUUUUUCCCUUUUUUGUGCAGCUAUGCGAAAAAUUUGAAAAUUCAGUUUUCGAAAAAUAAGAAAUUGAGCAGCUUUUGGCGUCCAGUAUUUUAUCCAAUAACUCUAUGAAUUUUUUCGUUAAUUUUUUUUUUGUGGAGUUUCAUGGGUAAAAUGGAAAAGUUCCUUUGAGGAUCCUUGGAUCCCGAGAAGAAGUUAAAAAGGGUUCUCUAAAAGCUCUUAAAAUGAUGUGAAAAAGCUUUUGAGCUCCUUUUUCAUGUCCCAAGCGGAUCUUUCUUAAAUCCCCUCAAAGAUUUUGGUUGCAUUCCAGCAUUCGUUUGUUAAAGGAUGUGAAAAAGAUGCAAACAUGAAAUAAAAAGAGAUGAAAAGUUCUGCUGGGGACCCUCACAAAGCCUUUUUCUGACUAAAGCUUUUGCGGAGCUUUUCAGUUUUUCUCGAGUUGCAAGAUUCAGUCAAUCUAAUUGUCUUUGCGGUUCAGGUAAUGCAUCAAGAGCUUUGCCCGUGGAGCACAAAUGUCGAGAACAGUUCGAACGCAUUUUUUGUUCAAUCGACCUACUUAUAGGUUUUUUUUAAAUAAUUUUAUUCGUUCAGUAUAACAUAUGUCUUAUUACUUCUAACUAUGUACGAGAAAAUAGUUUGAAAGACGAAGAGAAUUAUCGAGAAGAUGUAGUUUGUGAGGUUGAAGAGUCGUUCAAUGGAUGCGAAAAGCUGAGCAAGGACCGAGACGGCUGCUCGCAGUGCGCGCAUCAGAAAGCCGACAACAUGUGGGUCCUAAAAUGUUCGUUUUUAUCUAAUUCAUUGAAAAAGAAACAGGGGGGCCGCUGGGCACGGUCCGUUUGAGAACUUUUUCUCGGGCCUCCGAAACGGAAAACGAAUGCGUCCGCACGUUUUUGAACCUUUUCAGGGGACACUUAAAAGUCGUGAGGCCUCUGAAGAGGUCAUGAGAAAUGCUCAGAAACACCCGGGGUUCUUUUAAUAGAAAAAAACCAUAAUUUUUAUAAAAGUUCGUAGGGAGUCAUUGAAAACUAUAUGCGUAAAUUCACCGACCUAAAAAAAUCUAUGGAAGGGAACCAACUUGGGAGUAGAAAAAGAAAAAGUCUAAUGGAUGCUGAAAAAAAGAAAUAUAAAUAAAUACUGCAUACACAUAGAGUUUCUUUAAGUUUCUCAACUUUUUUCUCGAAAGUUAUUGUAAACUAAGUUCAUUUCACGUAUAGUUUUUUUGAGAACCUCCAUUACUACAAAGAGUGAUCGCAAAAAUUUUGGUAUUUUCAUUUUGUUUGGCUUCAUCAUUUUUACGACAUUUUCAUGGUUUAUAAAUUUGCACUUGACCUAACCUUGGGAAAAAGCUUGAAUCGAGCGAGCAAGUCUUUGGUCGAUGUAGCCAAUGGUUGAAAGAACUCUUGAGCAAGGAUGUUAAGGGUUCGACUCACUGGGAAAACCGGCGGCGGGGAUCAGCGACGGCAAUUAUUACUGGCUUGGCGACUACGAAAUGUGCACCGACCUUCGAUAGUAUUUUCAGUUUCCCGAGAAGAUUCUCACCUGAUUCUUGCAGCUCGAACACUUUCGACGGUCAGUAUUGUCGCGUGGAAGUCGAGGUUCCGGAUGUUCAGGUUGCUUUUUUGCUGAUAGUAGUUCUUUCAAGUACGAGCUUUUGAAAUGAAAUAACAAAGUUUUCUCAAUUGAAUUAUUAGAUUAACGAAGCUCAGAAUCGCUACACUGAAACAAUUUUUGGAGGCAUGUUAAACGGUAAUAUCAGUUCUUAUAAUUUUUUUAUUUAGCGAAUUUCGAUUCAUAUCGAUUUCACCGUUUAAAGAAGCUGAUCUAUUAGUUUUUUCCUAUUUUUUUUACUUUCACAUGGCCUCCUUUCUACGAAUUCCAACAAAUGUCCAUAUUUCUAUGAGAGCAAAGUUUGUAGAGAAGUUUUUAACACAGGUGGAGCAAGGCUGCCCGCAAACGGAUCCACUUUCCAUCGUUGUCGGAAUUUGUUUUCCCUCGUCGUGUUCUGUUGAUCAGCUCACGCUAAUCACUCAGAGUAAGUCUCGCACUUCUUCGACAGACACGAGUCCAACUCAGAGUUUUCUCCGUACAAGGUGACGGUAGAGUGCGAGUCGGACAGCUCCUGGUCGAUGGUCACCUACAUCUUGAUGUGCGUUAUGGGUCUCGAAGCUAAACCCGGGAAAGUUCAGGGCGAUGAUGGUGGUUUGGCUGACGCCGCAGUUUGUCGCUUCGGCACGCAAGGAGAUCAUUGAUUCGGCGCUGUCCUGCUUCUCCAUCUCGGAGAACUCGAAAAGAGCCUUUUCUACACGCAGGUUAUUUGGUUUUUGCAUGAAGAAACCCUAAAAGGGGUUACUCUUAGAAGCUGUUUGUCUCUUUGAAAAAUUGAAAAAGUUGGAAAAUAAAGCAGAAGAGUCAUUUGGCACACGCUAAACCCUUUUUCAAUACUGAAUGAUCGUCCUCCGAUGGCAACUUUCUCUCUUUAUCCGAAUUUUUUCAAAGAAACUUAAACUGAUUUUGUUGAUUCCAAAAAUGAGAACGGGUAUUUCUACAAGUUGAAAUGGAGGCCUCGCGAAGAUCCGAAUGAUGCGUAUGAAUGGUGGGGAUUGCUGCAGUUUUCAAAACUAUUAAUGACGUAACUAGAAAAAAAACGAUUUCUAAAAUGUCUUCAUUAUCGUCAGGGAAUAAAGUUUUGAAGAGGAAACGACGGUUUGCACGUGGUGCACGGUCUCGAGUUCUUCGCAUUCAUCUUCAUCAUCUGUGGCAACGUCUACAACAUGAUGCUUCCGUACAUAGGUAUGACAUAUACGCGCUGGUUUGCGAAGCGGAAUUUUGUUCAGAGAACGUGGCGUUUUCUUUCGAAGGCGUCAAGUCGCUGUGGAUGCAUCCCGUUAACAACUACUCGUAUCAGAUCGACGGCCUCCUGGCUCUGUCGGCCUUCUACACGACGUUCUUGCUCUAUGGGCAAAUCGACAGCGGACAACAGGCCUUCGGGUUCAUCGCCCUUCGAUUCUUCAGGUGGAUAAUUCGAUCAAAAAUGACUGAAAAUCUGGUAGACGAAUAGAUUUUGGCCGGCCUACGUCUUCUGCGUGCUCUUCAUGUACGUCAUCUUUCCUGGGUUGGGGGCAGGUCCGAUGUGGAUCCACACGGAAACAGUGGAGCGAUGCGAGAGCAGCUGGUGGAAGAACAUACUCUUCAUCAACAACUUCUUCUCCGUAGACAACACAGUACGCGUAUCACCCAAACGUGGCUUUUUCGCUGCUAUAAGUCAAGGAAAAUCAUCUUUUUGAGCAGCUAACUGUAUAACCCCUUAAUCAAAUGACGACAGUCUAAAGCUCUGAUAAACUGAUUUAGUUGGAAGUAGACUGUUUGACGCAGAUAAUUUUUUUUCCAUUCACUCUUCUCGUGAAAAAUUUCCUUUAAAAUAUAUAAAAUAUAACAAGUGUAACAUUAAAAAAAUAUUUUUUUUGUGGAAAGAAGUUUGAAUUUUUUAAAAGUAUUUCAUGAAAAGCUUUCAACUAAAAUGAGAAAUUGGAGUGUGUCGACUUCGGCUACGUCAUUUCCUUGGAGGCGCAGUUCUACAUCACACUCGUCUUCUGUAUAUGGCUCUCGAGAAGUCACCUUCGUUGGGCCAAGGUGUUCGCAAGUCCACAUUUCACCUUCAAAAAAACUUUCUUCAGCUGGUCGCCUACCUCGGCAUCAUCGCCUCAGUCAGUUUCUCAUUCUACCGGGCCUACUUCUACUCGUUGCCGCCGGCGCCGAUGCUGACCGUCGAACCCGUUCCGUAAGCCUUACUUCUGUUUUGAAAAUCUAGAAGAAUUCAGACUCGAGAAAACAAGGAACCUGUUCGACUUGCUGAUGCUGUCCCCACUGACGCGCAUCUCUCCCUAUUGUAUGGGCUUCAUCUUCGGCGUUGGCUGUGCCACGGCGGAAGAUCGCUUGAGAAACCGAGGCUUCUCAUAUGUGCGUUCUAGAGUCUUUGAAGGAAGUUUCAGCCGGCUUUCAGAAGCCACACAUUCUGCUUGGCGUGAUCUGCGUGACGAGUGCGGCGACGGCGAUGUUCGCGGCGGUGCCUUACGCGGCAGAAGCCAAGGCGAGCCCGCUGCCGAUCGCUCUCUAUGCGACCUUCCACCGGCCUUUGUGGGCCUUCGCUCUGCUUUCCUUCGUCUACCUCUGUCAUCACGGAGCUUUCGGUUCGUGAUCAUUUCAAAAACCGCAUCAGUUCUUGAUGGUAAUCAACGAUUUCAAGGUUUAGACAUGAAAAACAAAAUAAAAUGACUUUUUAACGUGAAGCUGGGGGAAAAGUAGUUUUCGAAUUCCCUCAGCGAAAUAAGAAGUUUUCUGCCAAUCAUUCAAUACUGUGUGUUUUUUCUGUAUCCAAUCGUUUCUCCAUAGUAUGAUAUAAUACAUGUAUUUUGCUUUAACAACUAUGUUGUCUAGUAAAAUGUAACAGUUUUUAUUAGUAAUGAUUAUCGAUUACAGACUGAAACGAUUUGAAAGAUGUAUUGAAGGAGUGAGAUAGUUCCAAAAAGAUCAGUAAUCUGGAAAAAAGCUACGGUAAAGCGAGAAAAGAUGUUACAAAAACGUUCAUAUGUCAAAAAAUUAUUUAAAACCUUUUGAAUCAGAUUCACCCUUGUGCUAUAUAGGUGAAGGAACUAAAUCAUGUAUAUUUCGUUAUUUGUCAAAAAAAUUUUCUCUCUGAAAGUAUAGCCAUCUCAUUGUCGGAUGAAUGAUUGCAGUUUGGCUGAAUGCCCUGUUGGGAUGGCGCGUCUUUGCGCCGCUGUCGAAGAUGAGUUGGCUGGCUCUGGUUCUCUCGGAGCCGGUGAUCCUCUACUUCUUCUCGUCCCUCAACAAGCCCGCCUACGCGACCCAUUGGAGUACUGUAAGUCGAUGUGUCAAUCUUGACGCUUCUCGCGUUGCUCGGUUCUUCGAAUCGCCUGAAUUUUUCACGAGCGGCAAAGUGUGAGGCAAAAAGCUCCAUUCGGCACUGCAUUAUUCAUGCAGCUGGCUCCGCCCCCAGUCGGUUGUCUGAAAACAAAUGAUAGGGCUUGAAGAAAGGCAGUGAAGACGUCGGCGGAGUCAUCCUGAGAGGGUGAAAAUGAGUAAAAUUUCGACUCGCUCGAUUGAUUUUGGAAUGAGAGCACAGGUGUUCAACCGGUUUUCCGUCAUUUUUCUUCGGGUCUGGACCCGUUCUUCUGAUAUUCCAGUUAAACCUUAAAGUUGGACUAUGUUGAAAAAAAAUUAUAUCUUUUGGAAUAUCUUAGAAAGUUAGGGAAUUAGAGCCUUAGAAGUUUAUCUUUGAAAACCAGUUAGUAGACUUUUCUCUGAAUUUUUUCAAUGGUUCAACAUCGAAGACAAUAGUAAAAAUUUAUUAAGUUAUUUUUACGGUCUUAAUGAAUUUUUCACCAUAAAAUCGUAUUAAAGACAAUUCUAUAUAAAUAUUUAAUUAUAAUCUUACAACAUGAGCUUAUGUCUCGGGAUCUGAAUUCAAAUAUAGAAGAUACUUACAUAGAAAUUCGAACGGAGAAUUCCAGCUGGUUUUUAAACGGAAGAAAAAAAGUUAGUAUUUCAACUUGAUUUGUCAAAGCGUCUAUAGACGGUCUAUGUAAUUCUUCUUCUCUCAUCUUAACGUCCUCUUAUUAACAAGAUUUAAGUAUUCAUUCCGGGCAGAAGAAUAGUUACGGAAGUGGUUUUAACAGACAUAAUUAUCAUUUACUUAUUUACGAUCCUUAAAUUUUGAUGGGAAAGGUCUCCGUUCAUCGUUUGCAGGCCUCUGAAAAAAAUUUUGUACUUUGCUAGAAGAGCACUGGAAGAUUUGAGAAAAGUUGAAAAUGUGUUUAUAGGUCUCUUCGUUUUUUGAAUUAACUAGAAAACUGUUUUAUUCAGAAAACCUCGCGAUGCACUUCGAGCAAUUUGCAGGUGUACACGUCGGUCUCGGCGGCGGUGAUGUCAUAUCUGCUGUCGUUCGCCCUGGACAUUUUCCUCUCGCGCCCCAUCCGAUAUUUGAUCUACCGCGAACAAAAGCAUCGGUACGCAGCAGCGCACAUCUCCGUCGACCACGAGUAG